AUGUCUGCUAGACACUUUGUCAACGACCCGACCCACCUGGUCAACACGGCCCUGCAGGCAGUCACCGUCACGAACCCCUCCGUGGCAUGUGAUGCCGAGAACAAGAUAAUCUACGUGCGGCCGGACUCGCGCCGCCCAAGGCAGCCCGUCGCCAUCAUCUCCGGUGGUGGCUCCGGUCAUGAGCCGUCCUUUGGCGGCAUGGUAGGCCGUGGCUUGCUCUCGGCAGCCGUGGCCGGCACCAUAUUCGCCAGCCCGUCCACCGAGCAGGUCCGCACCGCCAUCACGUCGAGGGUUGAGGUCGGCGACAGGGCAGACGGCGGCGGCGUCCUCGUCAUCGUCAUGAACUACACGGGCGACAUCCUCAACUUUGGCGUCGCGGCCGAGAAGGCGCGUGUCGCAGGCAUCAACGUCGAGAUGGUCGUCGUUGGCGAUGACGUCGGCGUCGGUCGCGCAAAGGGUGGCAAGGUCGGCCGGCGCGGUAUCGCCGGCACCGUCCUGGUGGAUAAGAUCGCCGGUGCCCUGGCCGCACGGGGCGCCAAACUGUCCGAGGUGACCCGCGUCGCCCGUCUUGCCGCGUCCAACCUCGCUAGUGUCGGCGCCAGUCUCGAAAACGUCCACGUCCCGGGUCGCAAGGCAGCGGACCAGGAGGACACAUUGGCCGAGGGCGAGGUCGAGAUCGGCAUGGGCAUUCACAAUGAACCUGGAUCGGGUCGUGAGAAGGGCCUUGAGCUGCCCGCACUUGUGGAGCGGAUGCUGGCGCAGCUGCUCGACCAGAAGGACGCCGACCGCGCUUAUAUGCAGGUGGGCAGCGGCGACAAGUUCGUUUUGCUAGUCAACAACCUCGGCGGUGUGAGCGUAUUAGAGAUGGGUGGUAUUACAGCAGAGGUAGCGAAGCAGCUAUUGAGCACGUGGGCCAUCAGGCCGGUACGAAUUCUCGCCGGGACCUUCAUGACCAGCCUCAAUGGGCUGGGCUUUAGCAUCUCACUGCUGAAGAUAGUCGAUAGUGGCAGUUCUGCAACAAUGGUGCAGUUGUUGGAUGACCCCUGUGAGGCAAUUGGGUGGUCUGCCCCUAUUGCUACCGAGACAUGGGACUCGCCGCCUACGGCAACCAAAGAGGGCAACGUAAAGGAGGAGAGGGACCUCAAACCUACUGGGCUGAAGUUGGAUGCAGCCGCUGCUCAAAAAGCUAUCACAGCAGCAUUGGAGAGGGUAAUUGCCGCUGAACCCGAAGUCACCAAGUAUGACACGGUCGUUGGCGAUGGAGACUGUGGUAUUGGCUUGAAGAGGGGCGCUGAAGCCGCACUCAAACACCUUGCGAGCAACCCACUAAGUGGCGAUGCCGUAGUGGAUGUGGCCAGCAUCGUUCCAGUCGUUGAGAAUCACAUGGACGGCACAUCGGGCGCCCUGUACUCCAUAUUCCUAAACGCGAUGCUCCGAUCACUGCGUGACAACGCUCCCUCUUCGGGCGAGUUGGCCGCCUCCCCUGAGCUGUGGGCCAAAGUCCUGAAGGAGAGCUGCAAGGCGCUCGGAAACUACUCGCAGGCACAAGUGGGCGACCGAACUUUAAUCGACGCUCUCCACCCAUUCGUAAACACGCUCGCAGAGACCGGCAGUGUAGCCAGCGCCGCUAGCGCAGCCCAAAAGGGAGCAGAAAGCACCAAGGGAAUGAAGCCCAGCUUUGGCAGAUCGACAUACGUGGGAGGAACCGGUUUCGAACAGGUACCCGACGCUGGAGCUUGGGGACUUGCUGCCUUCUUUAAUGGAUUAGCGGGUCAAUCUUAA